UAAAACCAGUUUUACGCUCUACAUGCACAGACGAGAAUAUCGAGCGGGCCCUUGCUUGUGACGUGAUGUCAGCCGUUAGUCACAGCGAUGAUUUGGGAAAGCAAAAUGUGAAAGCAACUAAAGAUAAAUACGACAUUUUUGAUACAAGUCCAGAGACGAUAGAAGACAAUGUGAGGCGUAAUUGGCUAGAUAGAUGUCAUGGUUGUCUUCGUCUCUUCUUUCUUAUUUUUUUAUUUGUGUUUAUUCUAAUCACAGCUUUCAUAUCGAGAUUCAGUUUUCAUAUUAUUUUGAUAAAUCUAAAUCCUCCGACCAUCUUCACAACUCUGAACAAAUUUGGUGGUGAUGCUGUCAAUAACACUGUGCCGUUCGAGCCAGCGGAAGUUCACAUUGCGUGGAUCUGGGCAUGCUUUCUAUUGUUAGCAGCACCAUCUGUUCAUGUUUUUCUGCAUCAUUUCUUGCAAAUUUGCAAAAAAUGUAACCUGGAAGAUAUAAACAAUGAAAAAACGAUCACCAAGCAUGAAAAUGAAAAGUUUGUAUGUUGCAAUACUUUCCCAAUACAAAUAUUUCAUAAAAGAAAUGAUCAGUCCUUGGAUGAAAAAGAUUCACACGAAGAUAAAAAGGCGAAAAGAAGAAAGAAUUCUGACGACGAUGAAAAGGGUGAGCAAAUUAAAAAAGAAAAAGGUUCUGGCGACAAUAAAAAGGAUAAACAGACUAAGAGUGAAAAAAAUUCUAACGAUGGUGAAAAUGAAAAGAGAGAAAAUGAUUCUGGCGACGGUAAAAAUGAUGUACUGACUAAGAAAACAAUGGAUCCUGACAUAGAGAAAGAAAGUGAUCAGACCGAAACGGAGAAUAAACUUGGCGUACGCCAGACAGUCGUGAUUGUGAUAAUCGGAGCAUUUCAAGCAAUCUUUGAAAGCUUGGCAGUAUUUGUUUUACUUCCAACUUUUGACCAAGCUUCAGCCAGUAUAAUAUCAACAAAUAUGACCUUGUUGGUGCCACUUUUUUUAAAUGGAUUAGUAAAUCCAUAUUUUCGCAGUCAUGGGGAGAAGUUCUUCAAAGACCGUGAGGAUUGUCUGAUAUGUUUGUGGAAGUUUGGAGUGAUCGUAUUGGCAGCAACCGUUCUUGUUUUUCUGUUUGCGUAUUUGAUUUUGAUAAAUGUUAAUGUUUCCGAAGAAGGGGUGCAUUUUAACAAUAUGCCUUUCCUAUAUGCCCUCACUUUUAUUUUGAAUAUGUGUAUGUCUUGUGGAUUUUGGGAGAAUGUAUCGGGAUUCCUCAUUGAGACACAUCGAUAUAGAAAUCUGGCAUUUUCUGCGUUGUCGGUGAUUAAGAUACUGAUUUAUUUUUUCACCCUUCUGGCUAGUGUAGGUGUAACGACUCAUGGGAGAGAUGUAUCUGGUGUUGGGGUGUUAUUUGGGGUAGGAACUAAUGCCACGAUCGCCAUGCUAGAGAAAAGCAUUCUUCUCAUCAGUACUUCAAGUUUCAGAGAUGACUGUUCUGCAAGACAUCCGUUUUACGUAGCUCUUGUCAGUUUGUUUGCGUCGUACCUUUGCUUUAAUGCUUGUUAUCAGGCUUGUAGAACCUAUCUCCAAUGGCAAAGUUUUUCCAUUCCUCUAUUAUUGAAUCUAGUACUGCUUCCUUUAAUGGUGGGGUUUUUCCUGGAACCAAAUGCUUUCUAUUCGAAGAUUGAUAACUGUGAGAUAAUUUCAAACGAUUGGGAUUUCAUUGUUGAUAGAAAUAUUCAAAGUCAAAUUAUGAUGGGGUUUUGUGGUGGUUUUACUUUACUUAGCGUCUCCAUGCUUACGACUUACAUCUGGCGCAGUGGAGCGAGAAUAAAAAAGCUAGAAAGAAUAUUUGCCAUGCCCUUUUAUACUGGUUAUGCGGUUGAUGCAUCACUUCUGUUGUCAAAACGAAUUAAAAGGAAGAAAUGCAUUGAUCCAAAACGCGAAAAGCAUUCAACAAUUCCAUUUAUCUACCUAUGUGCAACGAUGUGGCAUGAAUCAGAACUAGAAAUGAAAACACUUUUGAGGUCCAUUUUCAGGUUGAAUAAGCAUCAGUUCAUUAUGACAGUAAAGCAAUGUUACAUGCAAAUAAAAAGGAUUCGAAAGGAAGCAAACGAACACCUUUAUCAAUUCGAAGCUCACAUAUUUUUUGAUGACGCAUUCAAAGAAAAUAAAGAGAAAAAUCCUCCUGAGGAUGGUAAAAAAAAUAAAAAAAAGUUUAAGCAAAAACCUGGAAAGGAUACCAACGAGUAUGUCAGUCAGUUCAUUAAAUGUGUCGAAGAUACGGCAAGGUCAUUUUAUCGAAUUAAAACAUUUCCUGUCGCUAAAACAUAUAAGACACCAUAUGGUGGAAGACUGGAAUGGGAUUUACUAGUUCCAGAUGUAAAAGACCUGAAAUCCAGUGGUACAGGAACUUCAGGAUCUCAUCAAAUUCUGGAAAAUUUGACCACUCCUUGCAAACUUAUUCUCCAUCUCAAAGACAAAUUUCUGAUCCGUAAUAAGAAGAGAUGGAGUCAGGUGAUGUAUAUGUAUUAUCUCCUGAGCUAUAUUCCAAUAAGAAAACAAAUACAAACUGGAGCAAGAAACGAUCGAAAUGAUUCAACGAUACCCUCCACCAGUGCGACCGCCACUGAAUCUGGCAAUCAAUCAAAACAAAAUGAUGUCAUUACGGACGAAAAACGUAACCAUUUCUUGAAUGUUUUGGCCCCGAACACCUUUAUUCUGGCUCUUGAUGGUGAUGUUGAUUUCAAACCUGACGCUGUACUUCGAUUGUUAGAGAGAAUGCAGAAGAACAAAGAUGUCGGGGCUGCAUGUGGACGAAUUGUUCCUAUGGGUGGAGGUCCUGUGGUGUGGUACCAGAAGUUUGAGUACGCUGCCAGUCAUUGGUUACAGAAAGCCACAGAACACGUGUUCGGCUGUGUUCUCUGUUCCCCUGGCUGUUUCAGCCUCUUCCGGGCUUCUGCUCUAAUGAGUACUGAUAUCAUAAAGGUUUAUACGAACAUGCCUUCAACUGCUUUUGAAUAUAUUCAAUACGACCAGGGUGAGGACCGUUGGUUAAGUACUCUAUUGUUAAAACAGGGUUACAAACUGGAGUAUACGGCAACAUCUGACGCCAACACCUUUGUACCUGAAGGCUUCUUCGAGUUUUUUAACCAAAGAAGAAGAUGGUCUCCCUCUACUUUAGCAAAUAUUUUUGAUAUUAUCUCAAGUGUUUCAACCCUAUCAGAAAGAAACGAUUAUGUCAGCAAGCUUUAUUUGUUCUACCAGAUGUUUCUUUUUGCCGCUUCCAUAAUCACGCCGGGUACAAUAUUUCUAAUGAUCCUCGGAGCCACGGUUCUAGCUUUCCCAAUUAUUCCAACCUGGUUGGCUUUUGCAAUCAACGCAGUACUUAUUGUGAUCGUCAUGUUGUCAUGUGUGUGUGCAGAGGAGAAACAUCAGCUCACCAUAAUGUCCGUGAUUUCUGCGAUGUAUGCACUGAUAAUGGUUGUUGUGCUGUUCGGCUUGAUCAUUGACGCAAUCACAAGUGAUUUUUGUUCUGUGACGACCUACUUUUUCUGUUACGUUGCUGGGAUAUUUCUUCUAGCUGCAAUUCUACACCCAAGGGAGAUUUCCAACAUAUUAUAUGGGGUUGUGUACUUCCUGGCUGUUCCCACGACUUCAAUGUUGCUGUUGAUUUACGCUCUGGGAAAUCUACACGUUACUUCGUGGGGAACCAGAGAAUCUAACAAACCAAGUAAAAGAAGAAAGCAACAAUUAGACGAAUCAAACGAAAACUCUUGCUCUUGUUUCGGAUUAUGUCGAUGUACCUGUCUUCCAAGUGAUAACCUAGCGAAGAAAAGGCGGAAAGAUAAAUCCAAAAAACUAAAGAUAGCGAAAGAAAGCAAUGGAAAGGAAAACAACCAUAAAGAAAAGACACCUGAUGAAAGUCUGGAAGUGAAAGAAAAUGUCCUGUUAGAUAAGGCUGAGGACAUCGAGAUAGAUGAAAAAGAGUUUUGGAGAGAAAUCAUACAGAAAUAUCUAAGUCCAACAAUUAAGGAGGACACAAAGAAACAGAACAAAUUAAUUGAUCUACGAAAUUCAGUUUACGCAGGAUUCGUCAUGAUAAACUUGAUAUAUAUCACAAUUGUUUUUGUUGUAACCCAGACAAAUGAUCUUAACGAUAAUGUAUUCACUUUUCAUCUGCCGUGUCCAAAUAGAUCAGGCUCAUUUGACGUCGAUCCUAUCUCCGUGGUAUUCAUCGUUUCUUUUGGAUUUGUUCUCUUUUUUCAGAUGAUCGGAAUGAUUAUUCAUAGAUUUUCCACCUUCACACAUAUCGUUGCAGUAUCGAAAAUAUUUGAAAAAUCGUGUAAAAGGAGCGUGAAACAAAAAUCUGACGAAAAAAAGAAAAAUGAAACUGCCGAACAAAAGACAAACGAAACCGACAAAGAAAAGAAAAGCGACGCAAAAAAGGAAAGAGAAGGCAGACAUUUUGUUGAGAAAAAGUGGAAAUCGGCAAUAGAACGUAUAUUCGAUAACCAAUUCAUGGGUGAUAGAAAAAGUACCAUGGAAGAAAGAGCACAAUCGGAAUUUCAUAAGUCCAUGGUAAAGGUAAUAGAAACAACAGAGGAAAGUGAUACGCUGUCACCUAAUCGAUAUGUUGGUACCUCAGGGUUUAGUGGAUCAACAAUCAAAAGAUCAUUGAAAAAAAACCCUCAUGGUAUCGACAAUUAGUGAACCAACCGUCAUCGAACAUUAAAAGAGACAUGUUUAUUCUAUGACUAUUCGUUAUACCUGCACUUCCUUGACGAAACCUCAAAUAUAUUAUUGUUUUUAUCAUGGACAAAAUGUGUUUCAAAAUAGAUAAGUAACAUAAAUAUACAAGGGAUUAACGCAAGAUCUUGGACGAUUGCAAGAUAAAUAUGGUAGAUAAUGAAUUACUCAAACUAUUGGAUUCUCGAAACACAAGUGGCUGGCAUUUACAAAUUUGACAACGAAAAACAGAUUUGCCGAUUAGAACAAAACAAUGCUAUUGGCCAUCAAUCAGUAAAUAGAUAUGCAAUGAUAACAACGUUUAUAAUCCAGAAUAUCCAACAUAUAAGAUACUUUUAGUGACAUACAAUAACGAUUUAGAAGAUUGAAAAAAUCUCAAGUUUUAAAAUUUGUGACUAGAAGAUGUUAUAAAUUGGGCGACAGAAGCUCUAAAUAUUCGUUCUCUUCCUGUCUCAAUUUGUACAGAUCAAUUCUAACAUGCGCUCGGUACAAGGAAUUAAAUGUUUAUUGUAUAUUACGCAUUUAAGGGUUUAAAUGUUGACUAGUAUUAUUAGUUCAGUUAUAUAUACAUAUAUUAAACUAUACAUUUGUGUAAGUUUGCUUUAGUACUGAUGUAGUGUAUCAUAUUAUAUGUAAGCUUUAUUACUAUGUCAUUAUAAUUGCUUUGAAAGAUAAAAGUGAAAGAAAAUUCAAGGAUUUGGAUCUCUUUCAACUUGUACAGGAUCCGCCAGGUUUAGUCGUCGAAAUUUGUUUAUUUAGUUCGUUUGAUUAGGGUUUGGAGCCGAAUCGGUGAUAUUCCAGCCUUGUAUCGACUUACAGUUAACUGUUUGUCCGGUUUUGAAGUGCUUUGGUUGUUUUUGGCGGCUCAUAAUGUCUCCUCUUUUAUCGAACACUACAACGACGGUCUUUUGUACGAAAGCCUAUUAUUGGAAUUUUACGAAGAGGUUUACUUUUACAAUCGACGGUUGACUUUUACAAUUUAAAAGACCUAAUA